AUGGUCCGGACAAGGUCAAGGGCUACUAGCCCAGGCCCUCAAGAAAGCAGAGGCGACCGUCAAUCGGUGCCUACCGUACAACCGCCUUCUGUCCAACACGUGCAAUCCAUGGCUGCUACUAUGGCAGAAUUGACCCGCCAGAACCAGGAGUUGGUUAGAGAACUUAACAUGAGGAGGCAGCAUCGCGAUGAGAACGUUGGAAGACAGGCCCAGAGCCAAGAUGAGAGGAAUGUCGAGUUUGAAAGCCAGUCAAGGGGUACCCCUUCAAGGAGGGUGCCUCACUUGGAAAGGGAGAUGGACCAAAUGAGAAGAACUAUGGAUGAGAUGAAGGAAAAUAUGAAGAGGACCAACCCCGUAGAGGACUUGGUUCACAGGACUGACUCCCCUUUUGUGCCUUCCAUCAAUGCUCACCCUUUGCCACCGAAGUUCAAGAUGCCUUCCUUAGAUUCAUAUGAUGGGACGCGAGAUCCAUUUGACCACAUUGCCACCUUCAAAACUACUAUGCAUCUUCAAGGGGUUCCGGAUGAAAUAAUGUGCAGAGCUUUCCCCAUUACCCUUAAAGGACCCGCACGAGUGUGGUUCAGCAAAAUACCUCCGAGCACGGUAACGUCCUUCGAAGAAUUAAGCAAGUUAUUUGUCAACAACUUCAUCGGAGGACAGAGGCACAAGCGUUCCUCGUCUAGUUUGCUGACCAUAGAACAAGAGGAGAAUGAAAGUUUGCGGUCGUUCAUUACGCGGUUCAAUAGGGAAGCUUUAGCAGUGGACGAGAUGGAUGACAAGCUCCUCCUGGCGGCUUUCCACAAUGGGGUUCACUCUGACUUGUUCAUCCACAAGCUAUAUGAGCAAGAGCCUCAGACCAUGGCCGAACUCGUCCACUCAGCCCAGAAUUUUAUGAAUGCGGAGGAUGCUAUCAUAGCCAAGAAGAGGAAGAGAAUUGAGAAAAUGGAUGCUAACCCCACUCGCCACUCAGAACAAGGUCCUCGUCUUAAGAAAGGACGAACGGAAGACAAAAAGGAUCGUGACAGGAAGGCAGGCCCCUCAGCACGAAGUCAGCAGUAUACGCCAUUGAACAUGCCAUUUGAUCAAGUCCUAAUGCAAAUCAAGGAUGAUCCUUCCUUAAAGUGGCUAGAAAAAAUGAAGGGCGAUCCAAAUAAGUGCAAUAGAAACAAGUAUUGUCGCUUCCAUAGAGACCAUGGGCAUGAUACGGACGAAUGUUUUGAUCUAAAGCAGCAAAUUGAGAAUCUUAUAAGGCAGGGGAAGCUAAGAAGUUUCCUAGGACGAGACCACAAGGAUGAAAAACUUAAGGGAAAAGCUGAAGAGUCGUCACGGCCACCUCUCGGAGAAAUCAGAGUUAUUGUCGGAGGGAGCUCUACAGUUCAGUCGUCCAGAAGGGUACUCGUUGAUAAUGGAAGUUCGGCAGAUAUCCUGUAUUUUCCAGCUUUUCAGCAGAUGAAGUUAGGACGAGACCGUCUUCGUCCGGUGAAUUCUCCAUUAGUAGGUUUUGGUGGAAUGAAGGUGCAGCCCGUGGGUACUGUUACAUUACCAGUGGUAGUUGGGGCAUAUCCACAGCAAGUCACCAAGGACGUGAGUUUCCUGGUAGUAGACUGUUCGUCCUCCUAUAAUGCCAUAAUUGGGAGGCCAACUUUAAAUAGUUGGAAAGUAGUUACGUCCACCUAUCACCUAUCAGUCAAGUUCCCAACAGAAUAUGGAGUAGGACAAGUGCAAGGUGAUCAACUGGCAGCGAGAGAGUGUUACUUGGCUAUGUUGGCCACAGACGAGCAAGUGCAGACCAUGACUAUUGAAGAAAAAAGGGUCGAGGUAGAACCUAUUGAAGUGUUGGAAGAUAUUCCCUUAGACGAGAGGAACCCUAAGAAGUGUACCAGGGUGGGGGCAGGUCUAGAAGAAGGGAUUAAAGAGGACCUUGUCCAGUUUUUGAGGAAGAACAUAGAUGUAUUUGCUUGGAGUCAUGAGGAUAUGCCUGGAAUAGAUCCUAAUGUCAUCACCCAUCGCCUGAACAUAUGUCCAUCCUCAAAGCCAAUACGACAAAAGAAAAGGGUGUUUGCUCCUGAGAGAGAUAAUGCUAUUAAAGACGAGGUUCAAAAAUAG